UUUAGUGGAGUUGCAAGCAUGAAUUUGUGUUGGUUUUAUGGAUUCUAAAAUAACAGUAAAAGAACUCAAUCAAAAUUUUAUUUGUGCUAUUUGCAAUGGAUAUCUGAUACGUCCUGUUGCCAUAACUGAAUGUUUGCAUUACUUCUGUCGAAGUUGUAUUGUGAAGUAUCUUGAGACUGCAGCUGAAUACAAGUGUCCUAACUGUUCUACUUUGAUUCAUGAAACAAAUCCAUGGGAUAUGCUGCGUGAAGACAAGAAAUUAGAGUUUCUAGUUUACAAACUUGUACCAAACUUAGCACAAAAUGAAAGGAAUCGAAGAAAACUUUUUUAUUCUCGACGAGGUAUGCUUGAUCCUGAUGCAUGUGAUGCAGAUUCAAACUUGAACUUAUGCAAUCAGGUUUCUAAAAAGGAAAAAGUAGAAGAGGAAAAUAAAACAUCGGAGAAACAAAAUAUUAAAAUGCUAGAUGACUCUCAAAUUGGUUUGUUUCUUGACUUUGUUGAACCAGACUCGAAUCUACGUGGUUUUGUGAAUUUAAAGUUUUGUCAACUGGAAAAACCAUAUAUUCGCACCUCUUCUCAUAUCACUAUUGGACACUUAAAGAAAUAUUUGAAAAAAAAGUUAUUGUCAGGAGAUUUUGAUUAUGACAUUCUUUGUAAUGGGGAGUUAAUGGGUCGACAUCAUACGCUUGAAUUUAUCUAUUUAACUCGGUGGAGGUAUAAAGAAGGCAUACUUGAACUUGGAUAUCGACCAAAAAUUGAAAAAGCUAUUUCCUAACAAAAAAAUUUCUUAAUAAAAUAUAUAUAAGUAUUUAAA